AUUCUCCCUUGCAAUAACAACAACAUUGGGCUAGACUACUACCUAGGACCUACGAUUUCUUCCCUAGCUUCAUUCUAUUACAAUUUGCCUUUCACAUCCUGGGCUUCUACUGCUCUUCCAGUUACUACUUCUUUUCGUUCCCCUUUCUCUCUCAUAACCGUCUAACCGUAGUCGAUUCGUAAUCGAUCGCAUCGAAACAAUGAGUGAAAGUAACCAAGCCACUUUCCAAGGCAACGACCCAGCUGCUCAUGCUCCUGAUGCCGCUGCUUACGACAAGGGUAAGGGAAAGGCAGUUGAGGAUAUGGACGUGAGCAUGGAUGAAGAGGAGGAGGAGAGCGAGGAGAGUGAUGCUGAGAUUAUGGUUGAAGAUGAGGACGACGAUGGUGACAGCAAUCUCGAACCCGUCUCGACCGAGAACAUCAUUAGCGGCGGACGACGCACACGCGGCAAGACCAUCGACUACCAGGAAGCUGCCAAUAAGAUUGACGCAGACGAGAUGGAUGAUGAAGAGGACGAUGAUGAGGACUUCAAGCCGAGCGACAAGUAGUGAUUUAUCGAAUAUCUGACGACACCAACGAAUUGAUCUGGGACCGGGCAAUACUCGAUUACAAAAGGCGCAGGGUUAUUACGGGCUUUGUCUUUUACUUCAUAUUUCGGCAACUCAUGCUGCACUUAUCGCAGAGUUCGAUGACA